AGAGGGUCACUUCUUCCAGAAAGUGACCUUCUGUCUGAUCUGCUCAUAUAUGUUGAUACAAGCUUAAUUUUUCUUCGCCAGACCAUGGACGCGUCUUCAGAAUAGCAGGACCUGGUCGUAGCACCAAAAUUGCUGAGAAUCCUAGCAGUUAAAACUAGGGAUCCCUGCCCUCUUUUGUAUCUGGUCAUGCUAGGCAGAGCUCCUGCAGCUUUAACUGUUGUGAUGAAGAGGGAAUCUCACCAGGUGCUGCAUGCCUACAAGUGACACCGGCUGAAAUUCCCUUUUCUAUGCAACUGUUAAAGAUACAGGAGCCCUGACCUCCUUUCCAUAUGGUCACCCUAGCUUAGCCAGACUAUCGUUAAAAAACAAAUUUCCCAAGACUCUCCCCACCUGGAGAGUGGGAAGCCUUCCUGCAGGAAGGUGCAGUAUGGUAUUUGUGUUUUACAGGAAGGGGGGAAACUGAUAUUUUAUUAUUUAAUUAAGAAUUGUUUAAAAAGUGGUGAACCAUUUUUAAAAAAUCAACUUCUCUACCUGCAGGUCAACCUAAUUCACCUACACUUCCACAUCUUUCUAUUUCCUGGGUAGCUCCAACCAGAGAGGGUAGCCCAUGUGGGGAGAGAGGGAGAAAUGCCCAGUCACUUUUUCAGAAUUUUAGUGCUGUUGUUUUAGUAUUUUUGUUCUGUUAUCGUAUUUCUGAUUUUAUUAUUAAGCCCCCUUGAGAAAGUUUCUUUGAACCACCCAGAAAGAUUCGACUAUUGGGCGGUAUAAACAUGCAAUAAAUUAAUAAAUAGUAUAAAUGACUAAAAUAAAUCAUGACAAUAAAUUUGAUUUAUUGAUUUCCAAAAGGUUCCAUGAUUUUCUAUUUUUCCUUCCGUUCUCCAUCCUAUGGUUCAUUUACUUUUUUUUUUAGCAUUAAUACCAUAAUUGUCCAGCUCUAUUUAUUUUUCAUACACACAACAGUUGCCAAUGGGCACGAUCCACCAGGAAGUGGUCCUCUAAAAGCUCCAUUGACGUGAUGAGUCUCACAUUCCGAGAACUCUUGCUAUUUCCCUGCCACUAGCCUUUGUCUAGUUAAUCUGACAGCAAAACACACUCAAUAGCCAAGUUGUGUGGCUUUCUAUGCCUUUGUAAAUAAAGAAGGCCAGUGAGCGAUGUACAAAGUAGGUCAGGCUACGUCUUGGAUGAAACAGAGCUAAAGAACGACCCAUUUCCUGAUUGCAGUUUUGGGACGACCUUGAUCACCAAUUGGUUAACAGCUCUUCGAUAUUAAAAGGGAAUUGUUUCACACCUUGCUCUCAUCUCCAUGGGAAACAUAUCAACCUUUCCCACUAGCAAAUGAAAUUUGGGACACAUGGAGCACAGAGGGGGCAGAAUUGAUGGCUACAACCUAAUCCCUAUCUGACGCAAGAGAUCAAAAUCACUGGCAUUCUCCAAGGAACGUGCCUGGGACCAGGUUCUGGCUGGGGUUUUGUGUAUUGAAAGUCUAACCGGCAUGCUGUCUCCACUUAUUCUCUGCUUUCUCUUGGUUCUCCUGGGAGUGGCCAGUGCCCGGAAUGGAAGAGAUACAUCCUCUUCCACGACUCCUGCAAAAAAUCGUAUGACAGCCCAUCUGCGACACGCGAAAGACAGAUGCCACAAGAGGCUUUGUGUCAUGCCUAGCCCUGCUCCCCCUGGGUUGGAAGAAGGUGUUUCAGGUGGUCAAUCGGAAUCAGACUCUGAAGGAGAGGAGUCGGCACCAGACACAGACCAGCCCGUACCAGUGGGGGAGGAAGCUCUCACGGGCUCUUCACCAGCUGGGAGUGAACCCUCUCCAGAGCUUAUCUCCUCAAGGGCAAAUAAUACACAGUCAGUGGAAAGCCAACAUUCUUCCGAGGGAGAGAGCAUGAAAAGGCCUUAAACUCGAACUUAUGGCAGUUCAGCCUCCAUUAGCUUCACAAGAUCAAGUUUCUGGGUUGCUAGAAGAAUAUGACAUCAUCACUGAAGAGGACAUUGAAGAAAUUAAGGGUUUUCUUGAAGGAGGGAGAAUGGCAGAAGCUGCCUCCAAGAUUAUGGAAAACCUGCAGGCCUUGGAGAACGCCUGCCUGGAUAUUGCAGUAACAGGAGAGUCUGGCGCUGGCAAAUCCUCCUUUGUCAAUGCCAUCCGAGGUCUUGAGGAUGAAGAAGAUGGAUCUGCUCUUACUGGGGUAGUGGAGACCACCAAGGUGCCCACUCCUUACUCACAUCCCAAGCACCCCAAUGUGACUGUGUGGGAUCUUCCUGGAAUCGGCACUCCAGAAUUCCAUUCCAGUACUUACCUGGAGCAGGUAAACUUCUCCCGUUAUGACUUCUUUAUUCUCAUUGCCUCGGAGCGCUUUAAGUCUAACCAUGUUCAUUUGGCGUGUGAGAUCCAGCGGCUAGGCAAACACUUCUACUUUGUGCGCUCCAAAGUGGACGCAGACCUGGAGGCUACCAAAAAGCGUCGACCGCGAGCCUACAACGAGGAGGUGAUACUGAGGCAGAUCCGAGAGAAUUGCCAAGAGUGCCUUGAGGCUGAGGGAGUGGUCGCUCCUCGGGUCUUUCUCCUUUCCAGCUGGGAGCUGAACAAGUACGACUUCAUGCUGUUAGAGGAAACCUUAGAGAAGGAGCUUCCAAAGCACAAGAGGCAUGCCUUCCUCCUCGCCCUGCCUAACAUCUCCUUAGCCAUCUUAAAGAAGAAGAAAGAGGCCUUACAGAAACAGAUUUGGAAGCUGGCUACACUCUCCUGUGGAGUGGCUGCUGUGCCCAUCCCGGGCCUUUCUGUAGCCUGUGAUGUAACUAUCUUGAUUAAGUCUCUCUCAGAAUACCGUCAGAACUUUGGUCUGGAUGAGGAGUCUCUCUCCAAGUUGGCGGAGAAGGUUGAUAAGCCUGUGGAGGAGAUCAAAGAGGCAAUCAAGUCACCGCUGGCCAAAGAGAUCUCGAAGGACCUGGUGGUGAAGAUGCUGACCAAGGCGGGUGGGGGUGCGUUGAUGAUGGUGGAGUACUUUGCCAGCACAGUGCCCAUAUUUGGUUCCUUGGCAGCUGGGGGGAUCUCCUUUGGAACCACCUACUACAUGCUCUGGAGUUUCCUAAAUGAGGUAGCAGAAGAUGCUCAAAAUGUCCUCAUCAAGGCCUUUGAGACUGACGUCUGAAGGUGUUCUUAAGGCACUUUUGUGGAAGAGUUGGGAUGGGUGCUCAGUUUUCACUUGUGUAACUUCACUGAAUCUAACAGAGCUUUGCCCUUUUUGGAAACUCAGAACUAAGCUCACCAACUUGGCAGGAAAGGAUACCAAAAAUAUAACAACACACGUGGGUCCAUGAUAGUAACUUUUUUUUAAUGGUGCCUGUGAGUGGAAAAGAAAUGUGCUCUUUUAUCUUGGUUUCAAGAGAAUGUAAUUAUUAUUCUGAAGUGGAUAGGAUUCUCUAAAAUUAAGAGUGCCCACCACCCUUCCAAAAACUAUAGUUCCCAGCAUUCCUUGGGGAAAGCCAUGACAGUUAAAUCAGAAUGAAGCUGGUUUAUUUGGUGUAAGCUCAUUGUGGAUUUUGACCAGACACCUCCUUCAAACAAGCCUGCUUCCUUUAUUGAAGAGCUGAAGGAUUAAUGUUCACUGUUUUUAACUUUUGUAAACCGCCCAGAGAGCUUCGGCUAUGGGGCGGUAUAUAAAUUUAAUUAAUAAACACACAUUUUAAAUACAGAGGGGGGGGACUGUUUUUGCUUAAAGCUGGGAUACCUCAGAAGACAGAUGUGUAUUAGACAAUAGGAGUUGCUGCUCUGUGUCUGCUAAAGAAGUGACUUGUGUAGCAUUCAGGAGUUGAAAGUGGUGUUUUAAGCCAUAGUUUUGAACAACUUGGAUCUUAAGGCCCAUCUCACACAUGUUUUGUGAAUGAGUAAAUAUGUCUAGCCCCCAAAGCAAUCUGAAGAAAACAGGUUUCCAGGUUUGAACCAGGGCAGUGAACCCACAAGGCAUCUAAUCAUCCAGAAGUGACUUUCAUUGAGGUCUGCAGGGCACUUCUGAAGAAAAAGUUAACAUGUGAUCCAGCUCUAAUCUCACUAGCUUUUUGGUUCUCCAGGGAGGAUUCAAGAUUAAACUUAACAGCAAAUCCUCUUGUUAUAUUUCAAAGAAGAAGAAAAAUAAAGGCUACAGGAAUCCUUCUUUAUAA